CAGCACGCUGGGUAACAGCUUUAGUUUAUAGUGAAGAAGUAGUUUUGUUAAAUUUGGACCUAAAUUUCACGCUUUUAAUCGAUAUACCAGCCCGACAAUCACAAUACAAAGACUGCACACCCUUUCUAAGUCUGUAGAUUGAAGCAAGACAACUUAGAUGGAUGCCAAAUGGAUUACAAAGAAGGCCAAAUCUGGCGAAGUUCUUUACUACCAAAACAAAAUCACUGGCGAAAGGAAAUGGCCGGAUAGCUCUUCGUCUGCWGACAAUGAAACCCACAAUAAUCAAUCCCAAAUUAAUGGUAAGAAAAAUGGAAAGUCUGUAAUAACUGAUACAGAAAUUACAUUUGAAGAAUUAGAACAGUAUGAUCAUGAUCCUACAAGUGACUUAGAACACUUUCCUCAUGUAGUUCACAUCGYCACAGAUGAUCUUACAGUACACACAACAGACCCUGAUGAACUAGCCAAUCAACUCACACACAUGGACAAUGGAGAACGCAACACRAGUAGUCAACACAAAGAAUCUACUAAAACCUAUUCAUACAAAAAUACAAGCUCAAACAAACAAAUACCAAGGAUUGAUAUCAAUUCAAAUAAUUGUGGACAAAUUCCUGAACUUAAACUAACUAGACAAGAGUGUCCGAAUAGUAUUACCGAAGAGAUGAAGGCAGAUGCAGAGUUAUGCAGUGCACAGUUACAAGACAGUGGUUCAAGUGAUAUAAAAAAGGCAAGGAAGAAAAAGGGUUUGAAGUGUGGUAAAUGUGGAACAAUAUUUAUUAGUAAAGACARAUUGGCCGAACACCAGACAUUUCAUUCCAAGAACUUUCAGUGCGAUAAAUGUUGUCUCUCAUUCACCUCAGCUGUAUUUCUCGCAAAACACAAAAAUAUUCACAAGGAUAGAAACAUAAUCAAAGAUAAAGGACUCUUAAGUGAUAAUGUUCAAGAGCAUAAAAAUGGAAACGAUUUGAUUUGUACACAUUGUGCCAAGGAAUUCACUACGGAAACUGAUUAUGCGAGUCAUCAAGAGUGCCACAAGGGAAUAAAACUCAGAUGUAAUCAAUGUGAAAGGACAUUURCACAUCGUACAGCUCUGAAUUAUCACCAAAACCACCACCAAUCGGCUAAAGAUGGUCAAAUGAAUCCAGAAAAUUGUCUUGUGGGAAAAGCAGUUUCAUGCUCUAAAGAAGAGGAGGAGGAGGAGAGUACAGGACAUAAGAAUAAGAUCAAAAAGUUCAAAUGYGAAGAGUGUGAUAAGAUUUUCUCGAAUUCUGGCUCACUCUGUGUUCAUCGUCGCAGACAUUCAACCAAAAAGCCAUUCAAGUGUUCUCAGUGCGAUAAAGGGUUUUUUGAAGCAGGCGACUUGCAGAAGCAUUUUCGYUCACAUACUGGAGAAAAGCCAUACAGCUGCAAGGAAUGCGGCAAGAAAUUUGCCCUGUCAGGGAAUUUGAAAACCCAUAUGCGUGUGCAUACCGGGGAAAAGCCAUUCAAAUGCAAAAUUUGUGAAAAGACUUUCAGGAAAUCUUGGCAUCUUGUGGUACAUCUGCGUACACAUUCUGGGGAAAAGCCAUUCUCGUGCAGUGAAUGCGAAAAGACAUUUUCACGUCGCACAUGUUUGACAAUGCACAUGAGGGUYCAUAGUGGUGAAAAGCCAUAUAUGUGUCCUAAAUGCUCAAAAUUGUUCUCUUCAAAGAGUGAUCUCACAAAGCAUCAAAGAACACACUCUGGAGAAAAGCCAUACAAGUGUGAGGACUGCGAAAAAGCCUUUUCACAGCUUAACCAUUUGAAGAAUCAUCGCCGUACUCAUACCGGUGAAAAGCCAUUYGAGUGCCAAAUUUGUCAUCACACUUUUGCGCAUUCACAAUACCUGGCCAAACACAAAAGGAUACAUAGUGGAGAAAAGCCAUUUGAAUGCUCUCACUGUAAAAAAAGGUUUGCCCAGCGUGGGAACUUGCACAACCACUUGAGAAUUCACUCAGAUGYGAGACCAUACAUUUGUAAUGAGUGUUCUCUGUCCUUCAAAGAUCCAAGCAGCCUUGCCAAGCACAGAAAACUUCAUACAGGUCUUAGGCCUUACCCUUGUACCAUGUGUAAAAAGGCAUUUAAGCGCGGAAGCCACUUGAAGAAACAUUUAGAAAGUGUACACAAUCUAGACGAGUCAUUCAUGUAAAUUGAACUGUAAUUCCAGUAGCCUUGCUAAGCUCAAAAAUCUUCAAUGCAAGCCUUUGACCUUACCUUUGUACCAUGUGUAUAAAGGGGUUUAAGCGUGGAAUCCACUUAAAGAAACAUUUAGAAAGUGUGAAUAAUCUAGACAAGUCAUUUAUGUGAAUUGAACUGUGGUCCCAAUAGCCUUGCCAUGCACAGAAAGCUUUAUACUGUACUCUUGUACUGCAUAUGGAAGGCAUUUAAGUGUUGGAGCCAAUUCAAGAAACAUUUGAAAGUGUGAAUAAUCUAGGUGAGUGUUAUUGGAAACUUGCUAAGCUCAGACAUCUUCAAUACAAUCUUUGACCUUACACCUUUGGGCCAUGUGUAAUAAGAUGUUUAAGUGCACUAGCACUUAAAGAAACAAUUGGGAAGUAUGAAUAAUCUAGAUGAGAAGUAUUUGAAAUGGUCCUGACAUAGAAACGUUUACUGGGUUAGGAAUUUUUUUACCACCUCUAAUUGAAUCUUUCUCUGAAAGCUCAAAAAUGAAAGCUUUCAAAAAAUAAUUGUAUCGUUAGCUUGAAAAAUAAUCUCACUGCAACAAUUUCUUGCACAGUUAAGAAAGAAUAAUUGCCCUAUUUCACUAUGACAUCACUGCUUGUUUAUGUGGGGGAUAGAAGCGCCAAAUCCAAUAGAAAAUUCAACAAAAUUUGCUCAGCGAAACAGUUCAAUCUAAAAUGGCCUGGUUUUCAGA